AUGUUCACCAAGGUCCUUGUGUGCUGCUUCUUCGCCUACGUGGCUUGCGGAGUUGUUGUGGAGCAGGUCCUUGUGUGCUGCCUCUUCGCCUACGUGGCCUGCGGAGUUGUUGUGGAGCAGGUCCUUGUGUGCUGCCUCUUCGCCUACGUGGCUUGCGGAGUUGUUGUGGAGCAGGUUCUUGUGUGCUGCCUCUUCGCCUACGUGGCUUGCGGAGUUGUCGUGGAGGAGCACCUUCCCCAGCCAUACAGCUUCGGCUACGACAACGUCGACGAGUUCGGUACCCGCAUGACCCGUCAGGAGACUGGAGACGAGUUCAACAACAAGGUCGGCUCCUACAGCUACGUCGAUGCCCUCGGAGUCAGCCGUGUGGUGAAGUACGUGGCUGACGCCACCGGCUUCCACCCCACCGUCGAGACGAACGAGCCAGGAACCAAGACCUCGGCCCCAGCCGACGCUCCAUUCUUCUCCACCGCCGUCGAGGGUCCCCACCCGGUCGUUGUCAAGGCUGCACCAGUGGCCGCCGUUCACGCUGUGCACGCUGCUCCAGUUGCCGUGCGCGCAGUGCACGCCGCCCCAGUGGCGCACGUUACUCCCUUCGCCUACGCCCACCAAGCUCCUCUCGCCUACGGUCUUGCGAAGCACUUCUAA